GGUGGUAUUAUUUAUUUGCUGAGUCUUCUCAGAAAAAAAUUUAGUCUUGGCAACUGUCUCCGAUAUAUUCUCCGGCGACUGGUGCUGAUCUCUCGGAGCUCCGAAACGCAGACAUGGCCGAAGAGUUCUCUGGAACAAUCGAAAGCAAAGGGCUCAAUCCAGGGCUGAUCGUCCUUCUUGUGAUUGGAGGGUUGCUAGUGACGUUCCUUGUAGGAAACUUCAUUCUUUACACAUACGCGCAGAAGAAUUUGCCUCCGAGGAAGAAGAAGCCGGUUUCUAAGAAGAAGAUGAAGAAAGAGAAGCUGAAGCAAGGCGUUCCAGUUCCUGGCGAGUAGGCCUAGAAAUAAUAAUAUAUGACUUUUUUUAGUUUUGAAUGUUUCGAGAUUCGCAUCAUGUUAUCUUAAAUUGACAGUAAAACCUCAAUUCUAUAAGCUUUGCUGAGAUGAUCUCGUGUCGGAUUUGAAUUGGCAUUCUAAAGUUUCUCUUUGUUGACCACUCAAAUGGCAACAAAA